CCGCCCGGCUAGCAGUACCGCUGCCCACGCCUCUCCCCGGCUCCGAGCUCCGCCUCUUCCUGCCGGGGCGGCGCUGCCCGGCGCGGGGUGCUGGAGGCGGUUCCUCCCCGCGGCGGAGGCGCACACGGGCGGCCUUGGUUUGGCUCGGUUCUUUCUCCGCUCGGCUCCCGCGGCCGUCCCUAUGGCGCUGUGCAACGGAGACGCCAAGCCAGAGAACACUGGAGGAGAGCUGAAGGACGGGCAGCACCACUACGAGGGAGCUGUCGUCAUCCUGGAUGCUGGUGCACAGUAUGGGAAGGUCAUCGACCGCCGGGUGCGUGAGCUCUUCGUCCAGUCCGAGAUCUUCCCCCUGGAGACGCCCGCCUUCGCCAUCAGGGAGCAGGGCUUUCGAGCUAUCAUCAUAUCUGGAGGACCAAAUUCUGUGUAUGCUGAAGAUGCACCAUGGUUCGACCCAGCAAUAUUUACAAUAGGAAAACCAGUUCUUGGGAUCUGCUAUGGCAUGCAGAUGAUGAACAAGGUGUUUGGGGGUACAGUGCACAAGAAGAGCGUCAGAGAAGAUGGAGUGUUCAACAUUACUCUGGAUAACACGUGUUCACUGUUCAGGGGCCUUCAGAAGGAAGAGCUUGUGCUCCUCACUCAUGGGGACAGUGUGGAUAAGGUUGCUGAUGGAUUCAAAGUGGUUGCACAGUCUGGGAACAUUAUAGCAGGUAUAGCAAAUGAGUCUAAAAAACUCUAUGGAGCACAGUUCCACCCUGAAGUUAGCCUUACAGUGAAUGGAAAAAUGAUCCUGAAGAAUUUUCUGUAUGAUAUCGCGGGAUGCAGCGGGACCUUUACAGUGGAAAACAGAGAACUUCAGUGCAUUCAAAGUAUCAAAGAGAAAGUGGGCUCAUCAAAAGUUCUGGUUUUACUCAGUGGAGGUGUGGACUCAACUGUUUGCACUGCUCUCCUGAAUCGUGCUUUAAACCGGGAUCAGGUGAUAGCUGUACAUAUAGACAACGGGUUUAUGCGCAAAAGAGAAAGUCAGUCUGUGGAGGAGGCACUGAAAAAACUUGGGAUUCAGGUUAAAGUGGUGAAUGCAGCUCAUUCUUUCUAUAACGGUACAACAACUCUGCCAAUCUCUGAUGAAGACAGAACUCCACGUAAAAGAAUUAGCAAGACCUUAAAUAUGACUACAAGUCCUGAAGAAAAAAGAAAGAUUAUUGGUGACACGUUUGUUAAGAUUGCCAAUGAAGUUAUUGGAGAAAUGAAUCUGAAACCUGAAGAGGUUUUUCUUGCUCAGGGUACCCUCAGACCUGAUCUCAUUGAAAGCGCUUCCCUUGUUGCAAGUGGCAAAGCUGAAGUAAUCAAAACUCAUCACAAUGACACAGAGCUGAUUCGAAAGUUAAGAGAAGAGGGUAAAGUUAUAGAACCACUAAAAGACUUUCACAAAGAUGAAGUUCGAGUGCUAGGAAGAGAGCUUGGACUUCCCGAAGAGCUGGUUUCAAGGCAUCCCUUCCCAGGUCCAGGUCUGGCAAUCAGAGUGAUAUGUGCUGAGGAGCCUUAUGUGUGCAAAGACUUCCCUGAAACAAACAACAUCUUGAAAAUAGUUGCGGAUUUUUCUGCGAGUGUUAAGAAGCCACAUACUUUGUUGCAAAGGGUCAAAGCGUGCACGACUGAAGAAGACCAGGAGAAACUGAUGCAGAUUACAAGCCUACAUUCACUGAAUGCCUUCUUGUUACCCAUCAAAACUGUGGGAGUGCAGGGUGACUGCCGCUCGUACAGCUACGUGUGUGGGAUCUCCAGUAAGGAUGCCCCACACUGGGAGUCCCUCAUGUUUCUCGCCAGGCUCAUACCUCGCAUGUGCCACAACAUCAACAGGGUUGUGUAUGUGUUUGGUCCACCAGUCAAAGAGCCUCCCACUGAUGUCACACCCACAUUCCUGACAACAGGAGUCCUCAGCACUUUACGUCAAGCUGACUUUGAGGCUCACAACAUUCUCAGGGAGUCUGGCUAUGCUGGAAAAAUUAGCCAGAUGCCAAUAAUCCUGACCCCGCUGCAUUUCGAUCGGGACCCGCUGCAGAAACAGCCGUCCUGCCAGAGAUCCGUGGUCAUCCGGACGUUUAUUACGAGCGACUUCAUGACUGGGAUUGCAGCAACUCCUGGUAAUGAGGUUCCAGAAGAGGUUGUAUUAAAAAUGGUGGCAGAGAUAAAGAAGAUUCCUGGCAUUUCUCGGGUGAUGUACGACUUGACAUCAAAGCCACCUGGAACUACGGAGUGGGAGUAAAUAACUUUUUUUUAUUGAAGUACUGUGUGCAGUCGAAAUCAUAUCAGAAACCAUUCCCAGUGUUGACAUGCAGUACUGUGAAAGAGUGACUGGAGCUGCUACAUCCCAUCUGACUCCUCUCCUGGAGCGCAGGGCGGCGGUGACGAGCAGUGCAGGGAUAACAGAGUGGGGCUGAGGAUUUGUACGGGUAAAUGAUGGCGGCGUUGCCUGUGUGCAGACAGAUUCCUAUUGCUUUGGCCUUUGUCUUACUGAUUCUUCCCAUUCCCACGUGUUCCAGUUGUUAACUGUCAUUUCAACUUGUCUUUGGUUUUGUACACUGUGUAAAAAGAGACAGCUUAUUUACUUCUACCAAAAGCAUUGUUACGGCCUAAAAAUGUAAAAUGAAUUCUUUGUGACCAACUGCUUUUGAACAAAUUUAUUAUAAAUAAAUAUUUUGCCAAAUGGA